GGCUAGCUUCACAGAAUCCAGCGGCGGUGACGAAUCCAUCCAUGGCGGAGGACCACCGCCGUGACCGCGCCCAGCAGCGGCGGCCAGGCAUGCUCGUGGUGGCAGCGCUCGGGGCUCUCGGCCUCCUUGCCCUCUCCGGCACGGUGCUGGCUGCCUCGGUCGCGGGGCUGGCCGUGGCGGCGCCGUUGCUCCUACUCGCCAGCCCGGUGCUCGUCCCGGCAGCGCUGCUUGCCGCUCUGACGGCCACCGGCAUGACCUUUUCAGGCUCGCUGGCCGUCGGGGCAACAGCGCUGCUGUCACGCUUGGGGAGCGCGGUGAGGAGGGCGGCCGCAACCCCGCCGGACUACGUCGAGUUGGGGAAGCGGCGGGUGGCAGAGGUGGCCGGGGAGCAGACGGCGCACAUUGACGCCGGACCGGCGAUCAAUCCAGAGCAAGUGGCCCGCAGCCGCCGGCCAUACGGUGGCUCUCACGCCUUUAUCUCUUAUUAAAAUGAAUGAAUGUAUCAUCGUGUCUAGCUCCUCUAGUAGCAAGUGCUGUAAGCAUAAUCCAACGAUGUUCAUGGAGUAUAUAUAUGCAACUAUGCAAUAAAAUUUACUAUCAUCUCCCUAUAUGAAAUCCAUGUUUACUAUCAUAAAUAAUCAUGUAGUAUGAAAUUUGCAGUCUCGUUCAUGUGUCGAUUAAUUCACUCACUGUACAAAUAUUUGAGGGCAAUGCUACUAAUUUAACGCAUAUAUGGUAUCAAUAUACUAUGUACUACAUUUUCCUUUAUUUCUGCACCGUGUAGAACAUGAAGAGUAGAGUCGUUUAU